AGUCAUCGCAGGUAUUCGCUAGAUGUCGCUGUUCUCAGGUGUACACAGAAUUGAAAAACAACAAUUUAUUGAUAAAUUUAUUGACAUUUAAAAAUGGAAAUCCAUUGGAUCAUAUUUCCAUUGUCUGUCAUUUUUAUUUUAUCCAAAACAGCUGAAGCUUUGCAGUGUUACCAGUGUGACUCUACCUUAGAUCACAAUUGCCAGGAAUACUUUAACCAUGACAACCCAAAUAUUCCACUUCGAGCUACAGAAUGUCAGAUGUACAGUGCCAAGUAUUGUAUCAAAGCCACAGGACUCUGGGGAGGUAUUGUAGGUACACACAGAUUCUGCAGUUCUCGAGACUUGGGUGACCAGUGCCAAGACAUGAGGUUCCCAGAUCACAGCCGUAAAUACCGGGGGUGCAUUUAUACAUGUACUGGGGAUGGAUGUAAUGCCGCUCAUGGAGUUAUCUCUUCAUGUACAGUUAUAGUCCUGGGUGUGUUGUCUGCUGUUGUUGCCAUGGUGAUGAGAAGAUGAACAGCUCUGUGUCUGAAAAAAGGUGUAAAUGUUAUGACAGAGUGUGAUCAGAUUAUGAUUGUGGACAGAGACCUAUGCAAUGAUGAAUGACUGUGCAAUUGAUUAAAUUUUUAUUGUUUACAGGUUCAUUAUGUAAAAUUCCAUUCAUCUUAAACACAUGUAAUGUGUUAACAGCUCUGUUUAGUGUAUUUUAGAAACAUUGUAAAUUAUACAAAGCAUAUCAGCCUGGUUCUGGGCUAGAGGUUACUGUUACUGGUAAAGGCAGUGUGAUAUUUGUUAAGGUUGUCUGAAAAACAUAAUUAAUUUCAUGAUUAUAUUUCUUGAAAGUCUGUUUAAGACCUGUUCUGUACCUUCAAAUUGUACACGUUUUGAAAAGCACUUACAAUUUUGUGCUAAUUAGCUUGACAAUUUAAAGAAUAGCAAGAACUAUUCAAUUCGCCCAAAUGUCAAUGUUGGCAUCAUGCAUUGGCUAAAGAUUUGUAUGCAAGUUUAUACUUCAGUAACCAUUGCAUGUAUUGGACUGAAGCUUUAGACAAGACUUCCUAGUCAUCAAACCUACUGAAAUAACCAGGUUAGGUAACACUGGAUUGAAUUUCAUUCAAAUUAUUGCCUUUUUAAGUGUUUAAAAUUUGGUUUUAGUUUUACAUGCAGCUAACUAUCAAGCUGCAUUUCAGUAACAACUAUAUGUAUUGGAUUGAAACUUCACAAUGUGCCUCAUAGUCUUUAGACCCAUUGAAAUAAAUGAGUUAGAUAACUCUUGGUUGCAUUUAAUUCAAAUUAUGGCCUUUCUUCACUUAGAAAGGUUUUUGGAAGUUCUGCAUUCAAGUUGUUAUUAUUGCCAUAAUGAAAGUAAAAUUUGUAAUAAAUUGUGAUAAAAUAACUUGGUUAAAUAAGUCUUGUGAAGUUAUGGCCCUUGUUUGACUAUAGAUGUUGAGUAAUUGAACACACUGUUUUAUGGACAGCUCUUGUUUUAUAUCCUGGUUGAUAAAAGUGAUAACAAUAUUUGUUUUCACUCAGAUUUUUUACAGUUAAGCAUUUUCCUUUAUAAGUAUUUACUAACUGUUUCGGUACAUACACUAUUUAAUAAGGAUAUAAGUGCAAUUGCUUUGAAAUACGUUGAUUUUUGUAUGAAAAUUUUGUUCUAGGAAGUACCUUAAGGUUUCUAUAAAAUAAUAUGAAAUGAUUCAGGGACCAUAUUCAUCACCAUUUUAAAAACUUUUCAUAUGCUGUUAUUUAAAGGCUGUCAGUCAGGUUUUGGUUGGGUAAUAGUUUGUACUUACCAUUCAUACCUUUUCACAGUGAGCAUUUGAUUUACUUUAGAUAUUCACUGGCGCUACUUUUCAAAUUUGAUUUUUCUAACCCGGUUGCCUAACCAAGACAGAGCUCAUUUUAGUUUUAGGAAAAGUUCUGUCAACUUUAAUUGCAUUAGGAAUGAUAGAAACAUUUUUUUUACAUUCAGCAGAGAUUUGCAUUGAAAAUUUUGUAUAUGUCAGCAUUUUUUAAUAGAAAUACAAGCAAGAUACAUUGUCAGAAAUAAAUUAAUCCUUAAGUACUGUGAAAUUUUUAGAACUUGGCUGUUGGUUUUCCUACUGUUUAUCAAAUAGAGAUGUGAAAUUUAAUUGAAAUCAAAAGAAAUGCGCUGCUUUUUACACAUUUUGGAAUGGAGUUAAUUUCAAAAUUCAGUGUUUCUGAAAAGAAUGUUACUGAGUGUAAUCCACAUUUUUGUUCCUUAAAUAAAUCUUUAACAGAACAUGCAGAAAUGAAAUGAUAUAAAAUAUUGCUAAAUGCAAAUAUUCACCAUUUUGUUGAAAUAGCAUUACCUUUACAGAAAUAAUGAAAGUCUCUAUGUGUAUUCCUGCUAAGAUACUUGGAAGUCAGUGAUAGAGUAAAAGAUUAAAAUUGUUUAAUAUGCAUUUUUAAAGUUUAAAGAAAUCAUUUUGACCAACAGUUUUGUCAGUAUUGUCAGUGGAAAGCAUGCAAAGUGCCAAUUUAACAUCUAGAGAGACUCACUGAAGGGAAAUAAUUGAGGCAAUGGCUGAAACUUUACAAUUUUAACAAUCAAAAUAAUGAGAUGCUCUUAACCCUUACCCCGCUAAAUUUCUAUAAUAAACUUGUCCAUCUUUCAUUUUGGACAAUAACAACAAUGUAAAGGGAUGAUUACCAAAAAGAUACUGACUGUAUGACGAAUAAUGCAGAUCUUAAUCAGACUGCACAGAUGUACAGGCUGAUCCGUGAUCUACAUUGGUCGCAAAGGCGGUUAAAAGUGUGUUAUAUAAUUGUUGAUAUGUACCUCAAAAGUGUCUAGAGUUGUCACACUUUAAAAAUGCAUUUCACCUGUUAGUCAGGAGGAAAAUGUGUAAUUAUUACCUAGGAUUUCAAUAGACUGCACAAAUACUUUAAAAGCAGAUAAGUGUAGGUCCAGUACUUUGGUUAUAUACGUUUCAUUCUAUGAUGAAACAUGUAUCUAUAAAUUGUAUAGAGAUUGUAUAUAUGUGUAAAAUGUAAACAUUCCUUUUGUAUAUAGCAUAUGAUUGAUUAAAUAAUAUUUUUAUACCAAGUUUUAUAAUAAUCUCUACAUCUGUAUAUUUGGUUGUAAUUAUAAACUCAUUUUUCAUUUGUAUAUAGACUAAAUAAUAUGAUUAUUCAACUGAAAAGUGGCAUGCAAGAGUUUAGAAUCAAAAAAAUUUUGCUGUCGUUGCCAUGUGCCUUGUGAUACUUUUGACAGUUACCAGAAAUUAGCAAAGUACAUAAAAAAGUGUACAUUUCUAUACACAUUACAAAACUACAAAUUUAACUACAUUUGUAAGAAAUUGUACUUUUAAAAAGAUAUAAAAAAACUCACAAAGAAAAAAGAUUAUUUUGAAAACAAGAAUUUUAACAUUUUGACACAUAAAUAAACUUUUCAGUUGAAUGGAUAUGAAAAGAAAAAAAAUAUUCAUGUGAUUGUUUCAUUGAUUUACUGACAUUUGUAAAAAAAAAUCAUUUCAUCUAUCAAUCUUCGAAUUUUGUAAUUGUCGUCUUUGAUCUUUGUUGUUUCCUUCUGUAUGUUACAGUGCUCAAGUGCUUCUAAUUUUUGCUUUUAUUUGGCAUGAGCAUGUGAUCUGCUCAUACUUAUAUCUUUCAUAUUCAAUAAAAUCAUGUACAAUUGAUUUUAUUUUAUAAGAUUCUACUUUAAGAUGAUGGUUUCACAAAUAUUUUACGGAUGGAAAAGAUAGGAAAAGCUUAUGGUUGCUUUUUACUCUGUAUACAGGCUUUUCUUUAGGUUUUCAGUACAUGGAAUAUAACUGGUACACCAUACUUUUUUCUUCUGAAAUAAAAAGAUUAAAUAUUAACAAAUUUAAAAAACCAGAUGCUUACAUAUCAAUAAAAAAGGUUUUACUGAUGCAAUUUGAUUUUUAUUGCUAUAAAUAUGUGUAUAGAUCUAAAUAGUUCUAGAAUUUUUACAAUAAUACAUAUCAUAACCUAUACAAAUAAAAUACAGAAGAUAAA